UCGAGCAGUCCGUGUCGCACGGAGAGGCUGGGCUGCGUCGUGUCGCGUCGUUCGCAACCCCUUGUGUGUCAACCACCCACCCCCACCCCCUCGCUCCCUUCCCCCAGUGGUGUGUUUGUGAUUGUGACAGCCCCAGUGUAGUGCUUCAGUGUUUGUUCGUGCGACAUUAAAUUCUGUGACAGGGGCCAAAGUGAACCGGGUUGGCUCCCUGUGUUUCGCGCGUGUGUUGAGUGCUCCGAUUCAAUUCUUUAGUGUGCAAUUUUGUUGUUUUCGGUGAUUGAAAACUAAGGUUGCUCCGCGUCGCGUCGCAUGGCAGGUCCCCACCAUGGGGCCCAUGGGGCGGCGUGCUAGCGCGCGUGCUGUCUGGUCGGGCGGGCAGUAGCGGGCAGUAGCCCCCGCACACCAGCCGGGCCCCCCACAGCCCCCGCCCCCAGCGUCGCCCCCGCCGCGAGCCGGCCGGGGCCCCACCGCUUGCACUCUGGCGCUGGAGAUCAUGGACAUGGCGGCGAGCGAGCACCACCCUCACCACCCGCACCACCGGUGGUACGAGGCCCCUCGGCUUGCCAUGAACCAGUCGCCGUCCCACCACCUGCCGGCCAUGAGCGCCGAGGACCUGCUCGCCGGCAACGGCGGCCUCAACGCCUCGCCCGGCGACCUGCUCGGCCAGCACCAGGGCGGCGGCCACCCCAACCAGGAGAUGUCCGGCUCGAGCAUGGCCGAGCACAUGUCCUUUUUCCACCACUCGGCGGCCGCCUCGCUGGCGGCGGCGGCCGCGGCUGACGGCUCGGCGUCCGCCAACGGCCGGCCCGGCGACUACUCGCACCAGCGGGCGGCCGCGGCGGCGCGCUACUACCAUACCCAGAUGCACUCCCCCUACGCGUCGGCCGCGACCCAUGCGGCGGCGCGGAUGUCAGGCUCGCAGAUGUGCAGGCCGCACCACUUCCCCCCUUCACCGCUCCAUCCCUGGCUGUCGUCCUCGGACGCGGCGUCAUCGGCGUCGUCGUCCAAACCCGCCUCCUCGUCGUCCUCAUCGUGGUGCAACCCCUUCAGCUCGUCGUCAAACAGCGAGCAGCACAACAACCCCAGCACGACCCCCACCAACAACCCCUCGACAACGCCCACCAACACCUCCAACAACAACAACAAUAAUAAUAGUACUAGUAAUAAUAAUAACCGGACAGAGCAGAACGAGGACCAGAAGCCCUCAUCGCCGUCGGUGAGCAGUCACCACGUCCCCCAGCACCAUCACCUGUUCUCGUUUCCCCCGACGCCGCCCAAGGACGCGACGCCCGACUCAGUGACGGCAGCGUCAACGGCGGCGUCGUCGUCCAACGACUACAACGCGGCCAUCGCGCAGGCGGCGCAGGCCGCGCACGCAGCCGCCAUGGGCGCCGCCUUCAUGCAGCACCAGGACGUGUCUGGCUGCGGGGUGGGCGGCGUCGCGGGUGUCGGCCCGCUCGACGUGAAGCCCUCCAUGCUGGGCUCCAGCUGCUCCAACGCGGCAUCGUCCAACAAGCAGCGAGAAGGUACGGCAUCCUCCAGUAGCAACAAUAACAACAACAACACCUCGUCGAGUUCGGCCUUUAGCUGUUCGUCGGCGGCCACGUCCCCCGUGGACGACCCCGCGCCCUCUUCGUCGCCGAGCAGAAGACAGGAGCAGGACUGCAUGGACCAGCAGCAGCAGCACAUGCAGGACGCGGGUCACUACCCUCCCCCUCCCCUGCAGUACGGCGGCCAGAGUGGCGGCUACAUGGGUUACCCCCACCACCUCAACCACCACAUGUUCGGCACUAAGACGUCGCCCAGCCCUCUCGGGGGCCUCGGGGGCUCCAAAGUGUCGUCCAGAAAUAAGUCGCGAUCGAGCGCGGAGGGUCGAGAGUGCGUCAACUGCGGCGCGACGUCGACGCCGCUGUGGCGCCGCGACGGCACGGGGCACUACCUGUGCAACGCGUGCGGCCUGUACUACAAGAUGAACGGCCAGAACCGGCCGCUCAUCAAGCCCAAACGGAGACUGUCGCUGCAGUCGGCCGCGCGCCGGGCGGGCACCUCCUGCGCCAACUGCAAGACCACCACCACCACGCUGUGGCGCCGCAACCAGAACGGCGAGCCCGUGUGCAACGCGUGCGGACUCUACUACAAGCUGCAUAACGUGAACCGACCAAUGACGAUGAAGAAGGAGGGCAUCCAGACAAGGAACCGCAAGCUGUCGUCCAAGUCGAAAAAGAAGAAGGGCGGAGGUGGCGGCUGCCUCAGCCUGUCGGGCGUCAUGUCCGAGAUGAUGAAGCCCCUGGACCCCAGCGGCAAGGGCGUCGGCGGCUACCCCGGCUCGUUCAACACCAACCCUCACCACCACCUGGGCGCCGCGGCGCUGCACCCCGCCGCCCACCAUGCGGCCGCGGCCAUGAGCCACUGGUACCACGGCUCCAACGUGCACCAUCAUCAGGGCUUCGUAGCGCCCGCACCGGCGCCGCACGGCGGCCUAGGGGCGGGCCACCCACACCCCGCCGCACCCUCCAUGCACCACCACCACCACAUGAGCUCGCUGUCCGCGCUAGGCUCGGGGUCCCUGGGGCUAGCGGCCACCUCCAACUCCAUGGCGAGUUGGCGGUCCGAGUACACGUGAUGAGCUUCGGGAGCUCCUCCGAGGUUCCCAACCGUACUACCCCCGCAGUGCGCGGUCCAGCCCGGCGCAGCCCGCAGUCACCCGCCAUCGCAGAAAUGUGCAACAUGUUAUCCUAGUUAAAUUAUUAUUUGCUCGCACUUAUUUAUUUCUGUUCGCUGUGCGUUCCGCCAAAGUGAGGACAGUACUGAGGCGCUGUUUCAGUUUUUUUCUUUUAGAGAAAAAGUCAUGUGGCUCUUAUUGUUGUUAAGGGACUUGCACGCACUGCAAAGUGUCAACAAAGUGAUCUAUGAAGACUUGUAGAGACGAGUACAAAGCAAUUUUAUGAGAAACUAAAGACAAAUUAUAAUUUAAAUUAUUAUUUUAUUUCUGAGAUGUUAAGUGAUGUUAUUGCUAUUAUUAUUAUUGAUUAUUAUUAUUACUGCAAUGAUAGAAUCACCUAGAAGUCAUAAAUGGGCCUUGUACAAACAAAACUGUGCAAUUUAUAUUUUAUGUUUCUUAUCAGAGUUCAAGCAUGAUUGUUAAAUCAAGAAUCUUCUGUAAACUCAUUUCUUUACAAAUGAAACUGUUAAAAGUCUUCUGGAUGUUGUGCGCAACCGGUGGUGUGCUAUUGGGCACACCUCUUUUGAUACAUUCUUGACGUUACCUGUUGAAAUCUGUGUGUUUCAUUUCUGAAGAGUUGAUGUGAGAAGAAAGUCAGUAUGCUUGUUGUUGUGUGUAAGUGUGCGUGUGAAAGUGAGUGCGUGAAUGAAUGUGUAUCCGCGUGCCGACAGUAUGCGCGCGUCUUUCAGCUCGACACAGGGAUUGUGAUUGUUCAAAAUUAGUAUAUAAAAAUUUAAUUCUGUACUAAAUCUGUAAUUUGUUUGUAAUUUGUUUUAUAGAUUGAUAUGAACCUUCAAAGUUACCAUUGUUUCGUACGUUUUCGAUAAGAGGCUUUAUCAUUUUAAGUUGCUCCCACUGCUUAGCUUUUUACUCUAGUUCCAUAUUUUCAUCUUUAAUUUGUGCAGAGACAAAUUACCUAGAGACCUUUAGUUCAAACACGUUAUUGUUGUUGUACCUUUGUGGUUGUAAUGUUGUAGAUGCAGGCAGCGGCGCAGAGCGCAAGCCGCUAAAGUCGGGAGAGCUAAUUAUUUUGUGUUUGGUGUGAUUCCCUUGUGAUCGGUCUCACUGAAUCCUAUUAUCUGUGAUUUUGAAAUCACAAUCCGCGUCGUCUCACCUGAUGUUAAGUGUGAUAUCCUGUUCAAUGGGUGACCGGGGCGCCUCGCGACCGGGCGGAGCGAAGCGGUUCCUGUCCUUCCCUAGGCUCGUCCCGCCCCGAGGCGUGUCCCGGUCAAAUCCAAGCCUCAGAUCUCUGAUUGUAAACUGUUUACUUGUUAGCCUCGUGAAAAUGGCUGUCGAGCAGCGCGCGUGUGAGGCGAAGCGAAGCGGGGCGUUGGCUGGCUAUAGGCCCCUCGCCAAUUUGUUUUCCAAAAUUGUAUUGCAAACCAUCUGAUGUGGAACACUUUGAUUGUAGCUCUUCUAGCUGAGAGGGGAGUUAAGAGGGACUGCCGUGCGCGGGAUGCUUUCUCUUUGCUCGGCGCCAUCGAACCUAUAAUUUAUUUGUUGUUACAUUUUUAUUGUCUCUUGGCAAAGGGGAAGGGCAUAAGUGUCCCGAUCAGAUUUGGCGAUGUACAGCGGCCAGUGUCGCAUCGCACGGCCUAUGGUCUGGCCACCCCGCUCUAAACUAAGCAUACCAAAGUUUGUAUUUAUUUAAGCGGCGGUUCCGCUCGCCCGGGCCGCCGGUCACAGAGUUAUAUUAUACCGUUUCCUCGCCUCGGGGGAACACCACAGAUACUAUUGUGAUGUGUGAAAUAAUGUAUUUUUAAUUAAAAAUGGGGCAAAACAAAAAUUUUACUAGUGAUAAAGAUUAUUGAAUGAUUGUAUGAAAUGUAUUAUAUUAUCGUUAAGGUGAAAAGCUUAAAGAGUACGAAAUGUGUUAUUGUGUUAUGUCGACAAAUACUCAAUUUUCACAAAUUUGGGGAACAUGAUUGUGUAUAUAUGUUAUAUAUUUUCCUUGUUUGUAAGUCACAAAAGCAAGACAUUAAUGUUAUUUAAAGAAGAGACCUUUUAUUAGGACGAUUUGCUGUCGUAUCGAUCUACUCCACCCUCUUCAUGUUUUAAAUCCCUGUAUACUCAGCAUGCAAAAGUCCAACUCCAUCUUGUCAAUCGUAUCGUGUUUUUGUUUUAAAAAGGGGCCGUCAUGUAACAUUGUGUAGAAUAAUGUGUGUGUAAAGUUGCAUAAAUCAAUGACAAACGACAA